AUAAGUUUUCAAAUGCGUUAUUAAAAGAUACUGGCAUAAGCAGAAUUCCAAAUGGUUUUAUAUUUGAGUUUAAUUUACCUAAUGGCGAAAAAUGUGCUCAAGUUGAAUACAAGUUAAAUCAGCAAGAUUGGAUAAAUAUUAAUAUGGAAAAAAAAGCAUAUCAAAGUUAUGUUGUUUCCAGAAGAAAGAAUACUAAAUUAUUUGUAAAAAUAGAAAAUUUCAUGCUUGUCAAUGCCAAAAUUUAUUUCAAGUUCACCUUUCAAGGCUCAAAUGAAAAUAUUUUUCAAGUAGUUUGUACUGUUGUUAUUGCAGGUAUGCGGGACUAUGAGUUGAAUUAUAAUCAGUUAAUCAUAUCAUUGCCUGAAGCAAUUGAUUUUAAUGAAAACAUAAGAAAAUUAGAUUUGAUUGAUUGGCAACUGGCACUUGGUAUCAACCAAUCAGAGUUCUUAAAUGAGAUUGGUAUAGCUGCUGCUGUAAACUACAUAAACAAAUAUUUUCCUAACAACGAUGUAAUUCUUACACAUAACCAGUUUGGUGAAAAAGACAACCUAACUAUUGUUUUUCACAGAUUUUUUGAAAUUUUACGUGAGAUUGAAUAUACUCGUGCAAUAUUAAUCAGUUAUCCUAUAAACUAUUAUUCAUGUAAUUUUUUACAAAGUUUUUUUGAAAAUAUGAAGCAUUUAAGAUUUUCUGGAGAUGAAAAUAAAUUAUCAAUUUUUAUCUCAAAAUAUAGCCUUGUUAUCUUUGUGCGAAUUGCUUCUUCAUUAGAGCAGAUUAGAGCAGAAUGUGCAAACUGUUUAAAUGAUAUUAUAUUAUUUUACAAUGUAAACAAGUCUCUUAUUGAAAAUGAAGAGUUAAAUAUAUUAGGAACUGUUGUUUUGCCUAUCAAGCGAAGUGAAUUGAAAGAAGAGAUGUUUUUUCAUUUUUCUAAUGAGUUAAAUUUAGACAGAGUUUUGUUUUUAUGUCAAGAUGAUCUAAAUAAUGUCGAGAAAUUUGAAAACUGGUGGAGAUUAACUAUUGCAUAUUUUUACUACAAGAGAAAUAAAUUUCCUGUAAGCAAUGAAUUCCUUUUUAAAAAACUUAUUGGUUUAGCUAUGUUUUUUAUGGAAAAACUUGAUACUAACAAUAUUAGUUUACUCUCAACCUUGGUCUCAGAAUCUAGUCCUCAAAUCCAGAUUGAACCAUUGGCUCUUAACAAUCAACAAAUGAAUGCAAUAAAUAAUAAUAUGCGUAUAAAAAUUAUUACUGGAGGCAAUGGAUCAGGAAAAUCUAUUGUUGGAAAGAAGAUUGUUGAAAGUUUUAAGAGUAAAAUGUCAAAAAAUUACUUGGCCUUUUAUUAUAUAUGUUGUAAUCAUUUCUCCUUGUUUGAAUGCGAGAUGAAAGAGUUUGUUGACAAAAUUGAGAAGCCUCCUGAUGUUACUGUUGUUUGUGAUAAUUUAUAUGAGUUAUGGAAAAAGAUGUGUGAAGACAAAAAAAUUUCUGAAACAAAUAUUUCUCUUCCUAAAUUACUUGAGUAUUUAGCUAGCACUCAAAAUAAUAAAGUUUAUUUUGUACUUGAAGAACUUUUUGAUGAAUGUUUCAAUGAAGAAGAUGUAAAACAUUUAAAGAAGUUAUUUUCUUCUGAGUUAAAAGAAAGUAAAGUUGUUAUGAUCAUAAAACCAUCAAAUGAAACAAAUUAUUUAAACACAUUGCUUUCUCAAAAAAUGAUUGGUAUGGAAACCAUAAGUCUAAAUGAUGAAAUUAGAGGAACAAAUUAUCUUAAAUUAUUUAAAGAAUCUGCUCAAGAAUAUCUAAUUAAAUAUAAAACUUUUUUUUAUGUUCCCAACAAAAGCAGAAUACAAUCUGCAAAAUUCUUAUGGUUUGUUUUAGCGCUGUUUUGUUUUAACAUAAUAAGAAAAACUGUUGUUAUAUGUAACAACGUGGAAGAAGUAAAAUCAGUGGCAUAUGUAAUAGAUCUUAUGGAAAAUUUUAAAGCUGUACAUUACUCACCAUAUUUGCAGAAAUACUUACCAUUGUGCAAAAACUGUUCUGAGUGCCAAAACUGCUGUUGCUGUUCUCAGUAUAAAAACUGCUGUUGCUGUUCUCAGUGUGAAAACUGCUGUUGCAAAGAGUCUUGUUGUUGUUUAGCUAAAAAGAAAAACUCAAUAUACAAAAAUCACAAUUUUGGUUUGACUAUACCAAAAAAGGAAUUAAAAACAUCAGAGAAUAUGAGUACAUCAAACAUAAAAUGUCUAAAAAAAACUUCAGAUUUCAAUUUUACUUUUAAGCAAUCAAAUUUAAUGAGGAAAUAUAAAAAUCAAUCUGAAUAUGCAUUUGAAUGUUCAAAAAAAAAAAGGAAAGUUCAACAUCUAAUAAAUUCAGUUAUAGAUUGUUUCCUUAAAGAUCAAAAAAAAUCAUUUGAAAUUCAAAAUCAAUCAGAUUUCAAUUUUACCUUUAAACAAUCUAGUUUAAUUAGGGAAUAUAAAAACCAAUCAGAUUUCAAUUUUACCUUUAAACAAUCUAGUUUAAUAAGGGAAUAUAAAAACCAAUCAGAUUUCAAUUUUUCCUUUGAUGGAUUGAGGAAAUAUAAAAAUCUAUCAGAUUGUUUAUAUAAAGAUCGAGAAAAAUUGAAAGUUCAAAAUCAAUCAGUUGUUUUAGAUUGUUUCUUUGAAAGAAAAGUAGUGGAACUUCUAAAUCAAUUAGUUGCUUUAGAUUGUUUCUUUGAAAGAAAAGCAGUGGAACUUCUAAAUCAAUUAGAUUUAGUUUUAGUUUUAGAUUGUUUAUUUGAACUGCUAAGAGAAUUAAUGGAACUUCUAAAUCAAUCAGUUGUUUUAGAUUGUUUCUUUGAAAGAAAAGUAGUGGAACUUCUAAAUCAAUUAGAUUUAGUUUUAGUUUUAGAUUGUUUAUUUGAACUGCUAAGAGAAAUAAUGGAACUUCUAAAUCAAUCAGAUUUAGCUUUGGAUACCACGUUUUGUCGAGAUCCAUACAUGGAAAUUCAAUUUUGUUCAGAUUGGUUGUUUAAACGUUCAAGAAAUACUAUGGAAAUUUUAAAUCAAUCAGAUUGGUUGUUUGAACAUUCAAAAAAAAUAAUGGAAAUUCGAAAUCAAUCAGCACUUUUUAGCACUACUGAGAAAAUAAAUGCAUCUGUCAUGGACUAUGGCACAAAAAAAUUUGCAUAUGAGAUAGAAAAAAAAUCAUUUAAAAAAGGGAUUGGUUUCAUAACAUUUUGCAAGAUUUUAGGAAAAUGCAUACCAUAUUCAAUACAGGUGAUCUAGAUUAUAUUGAUGAUCUUAUUUCGCGUUCAGUCAAUCAAAAUGUGUGAAAAAAAAGUAUAUAAAUAUUAUAUUAAUAUAAUGAAUGUAAACCAUAAAAAAAUAUAUAUAGUAUAAGUAAUAUAUAAAAUAAAUAUUUUAUAACCUAAUAUUGGAUAACUUUAAUUUUAAAUUGAAUAAUUUUAUUUUUUAAAAUAACCUCUUUUUG